AGCCGAGCGUCGGCCGCGAAGCGUCAAGCCCAACGCGGCGGCGGCAGCUAGGCAGCCAACAUGGCGGCGGCGGCGGCGGGCCCGGAGAUGGUCCGCGGGCAGGUGUUCGACGUGGGGCCGCGCUACACCAACCUCUCGUACAUUGGAGAGGGCGCCUACGGCAUGGUUUGCUCUGCUUAUGAUAAUCUCAACAAAGUUCGAGUUGCUAUCAAGAAAAUCAGUCCUUUUGAGCACCAGACCUACUGCCAGAGAACCCUAAGAGAAAUAAAAAUCUUACUGCGCUUCAGACAUGAGAAUAUCAUCGGCAUCAAUGACAUCAUCCGGGCACCAACCAUUGAGCAGAUGAAAGAUGUAUAUAUAGUACAGGACCUCAUGGAGACAGAUCUGUACAAGCUCUUGAAGACACAACACCUCAGCAAUGACCAUAUCUGCUAUUUUCUAUAUCAGAUCCUGAGAGGAUUAAAAUAUAUACAUUCAGCUAACGUUCUGCAUCGUGACCUCAAGCCUUCCAACCUCCUGCUGAACACCACUUGCGAUCUCAAGAUCUGUGACUUUGGCCUUGCCCGUGUUGCAGAUCCGGAUCAUGAUCACACAGGGUUCUUGACAGAGUACGUAGCCACACGUUGGUACAGAGCUCCAGAAAUUAUGUUGAAUUCCAAGGGUUAUACCAAGUCCAUUGAUAUUUGGUCUGUGGGCUGCAUCCUGGCAGAGAUGCUCUCCAACAGGCCUAUCUUUCCAGGGAAGCAUUACCUUGACCAGCUGAAUCACAUCCUGGGUAUUCUUGGAUCUCCAUCACAGGAAGAUCUGAAUUGUAUAAUAAAUUUAAAAGCUAGAAACUACUUGCUUUCUCUUCCACACAAAAAUAAGGUGCCAUGGAACAGGCUGUUUCCAAAUGCUGACUCCAAAGCUCUGGACUUACUGGAUAAAAUGUUGACAUUUAACCCUCACAAGAGGAUUGAAGUUGAACAGGCUCUGGCCCACCCAUACCUGGAGCAGUAUUAUGACCCAAGUGAUGAGCCCAUUGCUGAAGCACCAUUCAAGUUUGACAUGGAAUUGGAUGACUUACCUAAGGAGAAGCUCAAAGAACUCAUUUUUGAAGAGACUGCUAGAUUCCAGCCAGGAUACAGAUCUUAAAUUGGUCAGGACAAGGGCUCAGAGGACUGGACGUGCUCAGAUGUCGGUGUUCCUCCCAGUUCUUGACCCCUGGUCCUGUCUCCAGCCCGUCUCAGCUUACCCACUCUGACCCUUUGAGCCGCUCCGAGGGGCACUUUCUGGUAGUAGUGGCUUUUGUACUUUGACAGAAUCCCUUCAUGCAGAGAUGUCUCCUGGCACCAGUGCCCUGCGGCAGUGUGUACCUUCAAUGCACACUGCGUACUGUUGCUUAGUCACUAACCACUUUCUGGUUUGAAAGAUGCAGUGGUUCCUCCCUCUCCUGAAUCCUUUCUACGUGUCAUCCUGCUGAACCAUGCAGCCUCACCAGAGCAAGAGUCUUUCCAAACUGGCUCCAGUGGCUGGCAUCUCGCUUUAUAGUAAGGAAUGCUAUUACGUAAGGCACUUUAAGUCAGUGACAGCUCAAAAUUUGCACUUCUUCUGUUGACUUGUAAUAGUCCACCCAGAGCAGGAGCUUGUGGACAUCCCUGGGUGGUGUUGCAGGAUGCAGGGCAGGUGCUUUGUCAUGGGAUUCCUUUGGGGGCAUUUUUCUAUGUAUCAUGUUAGUCCCGUAGUUAAGGUAUGUGCUAUUUGCCCAGCUUCUAAAAAAUUUGAUCAUUAUUCUAGAAAGGAAGCAUUGGACCAGCAAUGUUAUUUUGCAGGUUUCCUAUAGUUACUUCUAUUGUAAUGGAGGUGUAGCACUUGCCAAAAUGUUACAUGCUGUCCUUAGCCAGAGAUUUAAAGUAACAGCUGUGCUUGUCAUUUGCUGCAAGAUGUACAAGCACUAAGCUGUAGAAGUUUCUGGUGAAGUAGAGAGCAAGCUGACCUAGAUGUUCAGGGUGGAGCUCCAUAUAUGCUUUGAGCUGUCUCACACAGAAAGCUGUAUUUGUAACCACAUUCACUGCCUUGGGAUUUAGCUAAGAGGAACACUGCGUCUUUAAAUAAGAAAGUGUACAGUUCUUCUCCUACAGCAUGUCAGCAUCUCAAGCUCGCUUUUCAGCGGUAUGACUUGUAAUAAAGCCUUCAUGAGCUCUCAUCAUGAAGCUCUGUUCUGUUGCCAAGUAUUGAGGUGUUUCUGGUACUGCUGAGUUAAUGUCAUAAAAGGCUAGCAGUAACCGUGUUCAAGCUCUCUCCUAUUUCCUGAUCUCUAUAUUUUGUUCCUGCACUGUGUGCUGUGGAGUUGAUGGUGUUAUCCCAGUGCAGUGCCUCCUGAACCCCUCACUGCUCUCUGAUGAGAAGUUUGCCUUGCUCAAUACUGUGCCCUUGCAUGACUGUUAAGGCUUUCUGUGCAGAGAUCACUGUCCAAGUUUCACAUCCUUUGAUUGAGAAAAACCUCUUGUGACUUCUGAGUUGUAUUCCACAAAGAGACUGCUACCCAGAAGAUAAUUUAGAAAAGAUAAUUUAGUGUUAGCUUUUCAUUUCUCAGCUGUCUUUUUUCCCCCUUGUUUUUGACAGCAAUGGAGAAUGGGUUCUAUAAAGACUGCCUGCUAGUGUGAACAGCAAUGCACUUGUAACUCAUGGAAAUAAAUGUACAUCUUUAUCUUUACACCAA